UAGGGUUUGUUUUGUGGUGGUGAAGAGGGAAAGUUUCAGUGAGGUAGAAUUUGAAAAAAAAAAUGGAAGCUUUUGGUGGGUUUGUAAUGGAUGAGCAAGCGAUUCAAGUAGAGAACGUCUUCCUCGAGUUCCUCAAAAGUUUCCGCUUAGAUGCGAACAAGCCGGAGUUGUAUUACGAAGCAGAGAUUGAAGCGAUUCGAGGCGGUGAAUCAACGAUGAUGUAUAUUGAUUUCUCACAUGUUAUGGGUUUUAACGACGCUCUUCAGAAAGCAAUAGCUGACGAGUAUUUGAGGUUUGAGCCGUAUUUGAGGAAUGCGUGUAAGCGGUUUGUGAUUGAAAUGAAUCCUUCUUUCAUUUCGGAUGAUACUCCGAAUAAAGAUAUCAAUGUUUCCUUCUACAAUCUCCCUUUCACUAAAAGGUUGAGGGAGCUAACGACUGCAGAAAUUGGGAAGUUAGUGUCGGUGACCGGUGUGGUUACUCGAACAAGUGAAGUGAGACCUGAGCUGCUUUAUGGGACAUUUAGGUGUUUAGAUUGUGGUAGUGUUAUAAAGAACGUUGAGCAACAGUUUAAGUAUACACAGCCUACUAUCUGUGUGAGCCCAACUUGUUUGAACAGAGCAAGAUGGGCGUUGCUUAGACAAGAGAGCAAGUUUGCGGAUUGGCAAAGAGUUAGAAUGCAGGAGACUUCGAAAGAGAUACCUGCAGGUUCCUUGCCACGGUCUUUGGAUGUCAUUCUGCGUCAUGAGAUUGUGGAACAGGCUAGAGCUGGUGACACGGUUAUUUUUACGGGAACUGUAGUUGUUAUACCUGACAUAUCAGCACUAGCAGCACCUGGAGAGAGAGCAGAAUGCCGUCGAGACUCAUCUCAACAGAAAAGCUCUACUGCUGGACAUGAAGGUGUUCAAGGUCUCAAGGCUUUAGGAGUUAGAGAUCUUUCGUAUCGGCUUGCCUUUAUCGCUAACUCGGUGCAGAUUGCUGAUGGUAGUAGGAACACUGAUAUGAGGAACCGCCAAAAUGAUUCUAAUGAAGAUGAUCAGCAGCAGUUUGCGGCUGAAGAACUAGAUGAAAUUCAGCAGAUGAGAAAUACCCCUGAUUACUUCAACAAGUUAGUUGGAAGCAUGGCACCAACCGUUUUUGGUCAUCAAGACAUCAAACGUGCCGUUCUACUUAUGCUUUUAGGUGGUGUGCAUAAGACCACUCAUGAAGGCAUCAACCUUAGAGGAGACAUCAAUGUUUGUAUAGUUGGGGAUCCCAGUUGUGCUAAAUCCCAAUUCCUCAAGUAUACCGCAGGCAUAGUACCAAGAUCUGUGUAUACAUCUGGGAAGUCUUCUUCUGCAGCGGGGUUGACUGCAACUGUUGCAAAAGAACCCGAAACUGGUGAAUUUUGCAUUGAGGCUGGUGCGUUAAUGCUUGCUGACAAUGGAAUAUGUUGCAUUGACGAGUUUGACAAGAUGGAUAUCAAAGAUCAGGUUGCUAUUCAUGAAGCGAUGGAGCAGCAAACGAUAAGCAUUACAAAAGCUGGGAUACAGGCAACCUUGAAUGCUAGGACAUCAAUUCUUGCAGCAGCUAAUCCUGUCGGUGGGCGAUAUGAUAAAUCUAAACCACUUAAGUAUAACGUUAAUCUUCCACCUGCCAUUCUUUCGAGGUUUGAUCUUGUGUACGUUAUGAUUGAUGAUCCUGAUGAGGUAACGGAUUACCACAUUGCCCAUCAUAUCGUGCGAGUUCACCAGAAGCAUGAAGCAGCGCUUUCUCCUGAGUUCACUACUGUACAACUCAAGCGCUACAUUGCAUAUGCCAAAACGUUAAAGCCAAAGCUAAGCCCAGAAGCAAGAAAGCUACUUGUAGAGUCUUAUGUUGCUCUUCGUAGAGGUGAUACAACUCCAGGCACAAGAGUCGCAUAUCGAAUGACAGUUAGGCAGCUAGAGGCACUGAUCAGGCUUUCAGAAGCCAUUGCUAGGAGUCAUUUGGAAUCUCUGGUUAAACCAAGUCAUGUUCUAUUAGCUGUCAGACUGUUGAAGACUUCAGUCAUCAGUGUUGAGUCAGGGGAUAUUGAUCUUUCUGAGUACCAAGAUGCUAACGGUGAAAACAUGGACGACACAGAUGAUAUUGAAAACCCCGAUACUGGAGAUGAGGAUCAACAGAAUGGUGCAGCUGAGCCAGCCGCUGCAACUGCAGAAAACGGAUCAGCAGCUCAAAAGUUGGUGAUCAGCGAGGAAGAAUAUGAUAGAAUCACUCAGGCCUUAGUCAUUCGCCUUAGACAACACGAAGAAACUGUAAACAAAGACAGUUCAGAAUUGCCAGGAAUAAGACAAAAGGAGCUGAUUCGAUGGUACAUCGAUCAACAAAACGAGAAAAAGAAAUACAGUUCGCAAGAGCAAGUCAAACUUGAUAUCAAGAAACUCAGAGCCAUCAUUGAGAGUUUGGUAUGUAAAGAGGGUCACCUUAUAGUGUUAGCUAAUGAGCAAGAAGCCGCAGAAACAGAAGAAACAAAGAAAAAAUCUUCACAAAGAGAUGAGAGGAUCUUGGCUGUUGCUCCAAACUAUGUAGUUGAGUGAUAUUACUAAGUGUUAAGAUAUACAUUUGUAGUAGUCCUCUUAAGUAGAAACCUAAAUCCUUCAUCAUUCUGAACUAAUUUUAUUGGAAUUUCAUAUUCUGUUAACUUCAUCAACAACACUAAAGAAAAUGAUAUUUUCCCAAA